GGAGGAUUUUUUGGCGGGUGCUGUGUGGAAGACGCCGCGCCCUUUGACUGUGUCAAAAGCGGUUUUGGCGGGAAAGAUAUUCUCUUUCUCAUUCUCAUUCUCAUUCUAAUUAUUUUUAACAUUUGAAUUCUUUAAAAAAAAAGAAAAAAAGAAAAGGGAAGUCCGCGCGUGCGAAGUCAAAAAUAUGGCGGGUUCGUUCGCUAAUCUCCUGCAAUUGGCGGGGCCGGGCUCCCCGCUGUUUGUGAAAAAAUCAUCGCUGAAAUCGAGCGGUUCUACCGCGGGGGUAAGGUUUAGCGGUGUGGAAUCAGUGGGGGGAGGGGGGGAAGGAGGAGGGGGUGAAAUAGGUGGCGCGCAAGCAGGAGCAAUAGGAGUAGGAGGAGGGGGAGGAGGAGGAGCAGGAGCAGGAGCAGGAGCAGGAGGAGGAGGAGGAGGGCGGCGAGAAGCAGCAGCAAUUCGAGGAGCACCAGCAGGGGCAGGAGGAGGAGGAGGAGGAGGAGGAGGUAGUUGCUCGUUUGCCAGCCGGCCUCUUACGGGUCCUCUUGAUGCUCCCUCCUCCUCCUCCUCUGGCUAUCUCGGCGGCGGCGGCGGCGGAGGAGGAGGAGGAGGUAUGGUUAAAUCCAACUCCUUCCCAUCUGAUGACCAUUCAGAUGCUCCAUCUGUUGUCCAAGAUCGUCUGAUUCUGGUCUCUCACAUGCUCCCUCUCACGAUGACCCGAGUGGAACUGGUAGGCGGCGGGUUUUGCUGGAAAUUUGAGGUGAACCGAGAGGCCCUCCCUCUUCAGAUCGGUGACGGUCUUCGAUUGGGCGAUUUUGUGGGGACAGGUUCUGCUGUUCCUCAGCAGAUGGAUAUGGAGGUAGUUUAUGUCGGCUGUCUGAAGCAGGAAGUGGAUGUCAAGGAGCAAGACGACGUCGCCCGGGCGCUCUACGACCAAUUCCGCUGUGUGCCCGUCUUUCUACCCGACGAUCUGCGCACCAACUUCUACAACAAGUUCUGCAAGCAACACCUGUGGCAGAUGUUUCACUACAUGCUGCCUAUCAUCCCAGAGCACUCGGAGCGGUUCGACCGCAAUCUGUGGAGCGCGUACGUCGUGGCAAACAAGCGAUUCGCCGACAAAGUUAUGGAGAUCAUCAAUCCGGAUGAGGAUUUUGUGUGGGUGCAUGAUUACCAUUUGAUGAUCCUGCCUACCUUCUUGCGAAAGGCCUUCCACAAGGUGAGAUUAGGCUUCUUCUUGCACAGUCCCUUCCCCUCGUCGGAGAUAUAWAGGACGCUGACGGUGAGGGACGAAAUCCUGCGGGCGCUGCUCAAUGUGGACUUGAUUGGAUUCCACACGUUCGACUACGCGCGGCACUUUUUGUCGUGUUGCAGCCGGAUGCUAGGGCUGGUGUUCAAGUCCAAGCGAGGUCAUAUCGGUCUAGAGUACUACGGGCGCACGGUGGUGGUAAAGAUCAUGCCCGUCGGGGUGGACAUGCCUCUGUUGAAGGGGACCCUAGCCCAUCCCGACACRAUAUGGAGGAUAGGAGAGCUGAAGAGCGAGUUUGAGGGGAAGAUUGUGUUGCUCGGCGUGGAUGAUAUGGACACGUUCAAGGGCAUAGGGUUGAAGUUGCUGGCUAUGGAACAUUUGCUGCGCGAUCAUCCUGAGUGGCGUGAGCGGAAGGCGGUACUCGUCCAGAUUGCCAAUCCCGCUAGAGGGACGGGGAACGACGUCACGGCGGUGCAGGCGGAGGUCAGAGCGCUGACUGAUCGGAUUAACAAGCAGUUUGGGAGGGAGGGGUAUCAGCCGGUGAUUCUUAUGGAGAGGACGGUGCCGCUGUACGAGCGGUUGGCGUUCUAUACCAUAGCCCAAUGCUGCGUGGUGACGGCGAUGAGGGAUGGGAUGAACCUGAUGCCGUACGAGUACAUCGUGUGCAGGCAGGGGCUGGCGGUGGGCAUGGACUCCCCGGAGGGGCUGGGAGAGGGAGCGAAGAAGAGCAUGCUGGUCGUGUCGGAGUUCAUCGGCUGCUCCCCCUCCCUCUCAGGUGCAAUCCGUGUCAAUCCCUGGAACGUGGAGGCGGUCGCCGAGGCCAUCAACGCGGCGAUGUCGAUGCCGGAGGCCGAGCAGCGAUCCCGACAUGAGAAGCACUUUCGCUUCGUUCAGAAGCACAACGUGUCCUUCUGGGCCAACAGCUUCAUCUCCGACCUGGAGCGCUGCUGCCGGGAGCACACGAGGCUGAGGUUUUACAGCCUAGGGUUUGGGUUGGGAUUCCGGGUGGUCGCACUGGAUCCCAACUUCCGCAAGCUGCAACAAGACCUCAUCGCCGCGUCGUAUCGGCGCAGCCGGCGGCGGGCGAUCUUGCUCGACUACGACGGAACGAUGACGUCCCAGCAAAGCAGCAGCAACGAGCCAGGGGAGGAGGUGCUCUCCGUGCUGAAUCAGCUGUGCGCCGACCCGUGCAACACCGUGUUCAUAGUCAGCGGAAGGGAGAAGGACGUGCUGGCGACGUGGUUCUCCCCCUGCCCCCGCCUCGGGCUUGCCGCCGAGCACGGCUUCUUCUACAAGUGGCGCCAGUCUGCGCCUUGGGAGACGUUCAGCCCUGUCAUCGACUUCGCCUGGAAGCACACCGCCCUGCCGGUGAUGGAGCAGUACAUGGAAUGCACCGAUGGGUCCGUCAUCGAGGCCAAGGAGAGCGCGGUGGUGUGGCAUCAUCGUGACGCGGAUCCCGACUUCGGCUCCUGGCAGGCCAAGGAGCUGCUGGACCACCUUGAGAGCGUGCUUGUCAACGAACCCGUCGAGGUCAGAAGCGGCCACCAUAUCAUAGAGGUGAAGCCUCAGGGAGUGAGCAAGGGAGCGGUAGUGGAGCUGGUGCUCAAAGCGAUGGCGAAGGAGGGAAGGACCGACUUCUUGCUGUGUAUUGGGGAUGACAGAUCGGACGAAGACAUGCUGGUCAAUUUCUUNGGAGGAGGGGGAGAUAGAGAAGGGGGGGCGGCGGUAUUUGCCUGCACGGUGGGGCAGAAGCGGGGGGGGGGGGGGGGAGGAGGGGGAGAUAGAGAAGGGGGGGCGGCGGUAUUUGCCUGCACGGUGGGGCAGAAGCCGAGCAAAGCCAAGUACUACUUAGACGAUACGGCAGAGGUGAUGAAAAUGCUGCAGGCGUUGCCAAUCCCGGGAAUGGGGGAGGGGGAGGGAGAGGGGGAGGAGGAGGAGGAGGAGUUGGUGAUGGGGUUGGGAGGAGGAGGAGCGGCGGCGAGGUGGGGAGGGAGUAAUGGCUUGCUAGGGAUGGCGCACUCCUCGCUCCGCCGGCGCGCGGACGAGGCUUCCGCCGCAUUGAGCGGGAGGAGCGCCGUGCAAGAACCGGCCCGCGGACAUAUGGGAGAAGUUGAUGACGACGACGAAGAUCCUCGCGCUGCUGGGUAUCCUGAAGGGGAAGAGGACGAGGAGGAAGAGGAAGGAGGGGAGGAAGAAGUGGAACAGGAUGCAGGAGGGCAACAAGAGGAGGAGGAGGAGGAGUGCAUUGGCAGACAGACAAUCUUGGGGAGCGAUGGGAGCCAGUUUGUUGUUGUCAACUCGCGGCAUUCAACCGCUUCGCCACUGCGGCCGGCCGCUGUCCCGACCCUCAGUGACGUAGGCGGUCCCCCAACAAUGCGGGGCGUUAAUUGCUWUGCYGUAACAAAGUAUCUGCRAGAUGUACUGGUGGUUCAAUUCUUUUAUGCUGUGACCUUAACAUUGUCUUGUCUAAUGCUCCUGUUCAACUCAUCACACCUUGGAGCUGGCCUAUUCAAGAUGCAAAACUCAGAUUGGAGGCAAUGCCAUCAGUCCUUGCUCAAGGAAGAAGUAGAUGAGAGAAAAAGGAGCAACGUACAGGGAUAUUCGGAAGAAGAAGAAGAAGGAGAAGCAGCAGACGAGCCAGAAGGAGAAGCAGCGGCAGCAGCAGCAGCAGCAGAAGAAGAAGAAGAAGCAGAGGAAGGAGAAAAAGCAGAGGAAGAGGGAGAAGAAACAGAGGAAGAAGACGAUGACAAUGGCGGCGAAGAAGAAGAAGAAGAAGAAGAGGAAGAACAUAGGGAUUCUAUGACAGAAGAAGACGACGACGAUGACGAUGACAACGGUGACGAAGAAGAAGAAGGAGAAGAAGAAGGAGAAGAAGGAGAAGGACGAAGGACAAAGGAGAAGAAGCAGAGGAAAAAGAAGAAGACGACGACGACGACGAAGAAGAAGAAGAAGUAGAAGAAGAAGAAGAGAAGAAGAACACUAUGACAUGUCUCUCCUUGCACACUUGCUACCUCUUUGUCUCCUGCAAUAACUACUACUGAUUGUUAAUCAGAAAUCAGUUGAAUAGUAAUGAAGAAGGGAUCAAUGU